AUGUCCUUCUUAGGGGCAGUCAAUGCAAACGUUCCCCAGCAGCAGUCCGUGGUUAGUCAUAACAACCCUCUGCGGAACCAUGGCGAUACAGAUGACGAUACCCCAUCGACUUCAGCCACUCAGUACGCCGAUCGAGACAAGAGCGAGGAUGCGUUGACACUGCAGGAGGAUAACGAAGAGAAGAUGGAGGCUCGGGUGGGUGAUUUAGCUCGACGACUCACCCGUCAAUCGACUCGCUUCUCUGCGAAAGGGACCCUUGAAAAUCCGUUCUUUGUGAAGGACCCCGAAUCAACUCUCAACCCUGAUAGUCCGAAUUUUAAGCCAAGAGACUGGCUUAAGAUGCUGCUUGCCAUUCGCUCUAAAGACCCUGAGCAGUAUCCAGACCGAACAGCUGGCGUUGCCUUCAAGAAUCUAAACGUUCAUGGAUUCGGAUCUCCAACAGACUAUCAAAAGGAUGUCUUGAACUCGCUCCUAGAGAUAGGCACUAUUGCCCGCAAGUUGAUGGGGAUCAAAAUGCAAAAGAUCCAGAUCCUUCGGGAAUUCGAUGGCUUGGUGAAAAGUGGUGAGAUGUUGGUGGUGCUAGGAAGACCGGGAAGUGGAUGUUCUACGUUUCUCAAGACAAUUUCUGGGGAAAUGAACGGGAUUCAGAUGUCAGAUGACUCGACACUCAACUACCAGGGUAUACCUGCAAAAUUGAUGCACCACGCGUUCAAGGGCGAAGCGAUUUACUCAGCUGAGACAGAUGUUCAUUUUCCACAGCUGUCUGUUGGUGACACUCUGAAGUUUGCUGCCCUUGCCCGAGCCCCUAGAAAUCGCUUGGAGGGCGUUAGUCGGCAGCAGUAUGCUGAACACAUGAGAGAUGUGGUAAUGACAAUGCUGGGACUAUCCCAUACGAUCAACACCCGUGUUGGCAACGAUUAUGUCCGAGGAGUCAGCGGUGGAGAGCGAAAGCGUGUCAGUAUUGCAGAAGCUACACUGAGCCAGGCACCGCUUCAGUGCUGGGAUAACAGCACCAGAGGUCUUGAUAGUGCCAAUGCUUUGGAAUUUUGCAAGAACUUAGCCUUGAUGAGUAAAUACGCUGGCACUGCUGCCUGCGUGGCUAUUUACCAGGCAUCGCAAAACGCAUAUGACGUGUUUGAUAAGGUGACGGUACUCUAUGAAGGAAGGCAAAUCUAUUUUGGCCGAACGACGGAGGCUAAGCAGUUUUUUGUGGAUAUGGGAUUUGAGUGCCCUGACCGGCAGACAACGGCUGAUUUCUUAACGUCUCUUACCAGCCCUUCAGAAAGAAAGGUCCGCCCCGGUUUUGAAAACCGCGUGCCUCGAACUCCAGAUGAGUUUGCCGCUGCAUGGAAACGAAGCGACGCUCGGGCGAAGCUGAUUAUGGAAAUCGAUGAGUUCGAGAAACAGUACCCAAUUGGCGGCGCCUCCUAUCAAUCCUUUAUUGAUGCCCGCAAAGCUAUACAGGCAAAACAUCAACGCGUCAAAUCCCCUUACACGAUCUCGGUAUGGGAGCAAAUCCAUCUUUGUGUUGUCCGCGGUUUUCAGCGCCUCCGAGGUGAUUCCAGUUUAACAGUAACUGCUUUGAUUGGCAACUUUAUUAUAGCCUUAAUUGUUGCUUCAGUUUUCUUCAACCUCAAAGAUAAUUCUGCCAGCUUUUACUCUCGAGGAGCUUUACUGUUCUACGCAGUGCUUCUAAAUGCGUUCUCCAGUGCCUUGGAAAUUUUGACUCUGUACGCUCAAAGGCCAAUUGUGGAAAAACAAGCUCGUUAUGCAUUCUAUCAUCCAUUUGCAGAAGCUGUUGCGUCUAUGUUGUGUGACACACCUUACAAAAUUGUCAACUCAAUCACCUUCAACCUCCCGUUGUACUUUAUGACCAACCUACGGCGCGAAGCAGGAGCUUGGUGGACAUUCUGGCUUUUUUCAGUGAUCACCACAUACACCAUGUCAAUGAUCUUCCGAACGAUUGCAGCCACAUCUCGCUCUCUGUCUCAAGCACUUGUCCCUGCGGCAAUCUUGAUCCUGGGAAUGGUGAUCUAUACAGGGUUUGUUAUUCCUACCAGAAAUAUGCUCGGCUGGUCCCGUUGGAUGAACUAUAUUAACCCCAUAUCCUAUGCCUUUGAGAGCUUCAUGGUGAAUGAGUUCCAUGGCCGCCACUUUGAAUGCUCCCAAAUUAUCCCAUCUAAAGGAGCGUACGACAGUAUGCCGAUGCAGAAUCGGAUUUGCUCUACAGUUGGAGCAGAGACUGGCUCAGAUAUUGUGCAAGGGACAGUCUAUCUUGCACAGAGCUUUCGGUAUGUCAAAGGGCAUUUGUGGAGAAACCUGGGAAUUAUGAUCGGCUUCCUAGUGUUCUUUGCUUUCACUUACCUUGCGUCUACGGAAUAUAUCUCAGAGCAGAAAUCGAAAGGUGAAGUGCUCUUAUUUCGCCGUGGCCAUCAACCCAAAAUAGCCCUGGAUAAGACCGAUUUGGAGUCGCCCCAGCCUGGUGGUGCACCGAAAACCGAUGAAUCUGCUCCUCAAGCGUCAGCGGGAAUCCAAAGACAAACCGCAAUCUUUCAAUGGAAGGAUGUCUGUUACGAUAUAAAGAUUAAGGGACAACCUAGGAGAAUUCUGGAUCACGUUGACGGUUGGGUUAAGCCUGGUACCUGUACCGCCCUGAUGGGAGUAUCAGGAGCAGGUAAAACAACGUUAUUGGAUGUGCUCGCCACACGCGUUACCAUGGGAGUUAUUACAGGCGAGAUGCUUGUGGAUGGACGUCCUCGUGACCAAUCCUUCCAGCGUAAAACAGGAUACGUGCAGCAGCAGGACCUUCAUCUGUCUACAUCUACUGUUCGUGAAGCCCUCAGAUUUAGCGCAAUAUUGCGUCAGCCAGCGCACGUCAGCCACCAGGAGAAAAUUGACUACGUUGAGGAAGUGAUCAGACUCCUUGGUAUGGAGGCUUAUGCUGAUGCAGUUGUUGGAGUGCCUGGAGAAGGUUUGAACGUCGAACAGCGUAAGCGCUUGACCAUUGGAGUUGAACUUGCUGCAAAGCCCCAACUUUUGUUGUUUUUGGACGAACCUACUUCAGGUCUUGACAGUCAAACCUCCUGGUCAAUCCUGGAUUUGAUCGAUACUUUAACCCAACACGGCCAGGCAAUCCUUUGUACUAUCCAUCAGCCCUCUGCGAUGUUGUUUCAACGGUUUGAUCGCCUUCUUUUCUUGGCUAAAGGUGGAAAGACAAUCUAUUUCGGUGAAAUUGGGCAGAACUCUUCUACCCUAUCAAGUUACUUUGAACGCAAUGGCGCACAGCACCUAUCUCCUGGAGAGAACCCAGCCGAGUGGAUGCUGGAUGUGAUUGGAGCAGCGCCAGGAUCUCACAGUGACAUAGACUGGCCGAAGGUGUGGCGCGAAAGCCCCGAGCAUGCGAAGGUUAAGGAACAUCUUGCCGAGCUGAAGUCAACCCUAUCUGUGAAACCAGAGGAGAACUCCGACCCAGAGGCCUUUAAGGAAUAUGCGGCACCGUUCUAUAUUCAGUUAUACGAAUGUCUGAUCCGUGUCUUCGCCCAAUAUUACCGCACACCAAGCUAUAUCUGGUCUAAAACUGCCCUUUCCAUUCUGACCUCCAUUUAUAUCGGGUUCUCCUUUUUCCAUGCCAAGAAUUCAAUUCAAGGGAUGCAGAAUCAGAUGUUCAGCGUAUUUAUGUUGAUGACGAUCUUCGGUAACUUAGUACAACAGAUUAUGCCUCAUUUCGUCACGCAACGGUCACUAUACGAAGUCCGUGAACGCCCAUCGAAAACAUAUUCUUGGCAAGCCUUUAUGACAGCUAAUAUUCUUGUUGAAUUGCCUUGGAAUACGCUAAUGGCAGCGCUGAUGUUCUUCUGUUGGUACUACCCGAUCGGGCUGUAUAAUAACGCGAAGCCUACAGACGCAGUGACUGAACGUGGAGGUCUCAUGUUCCUGCUUAUCUGGGUAUUCCUACUCUUUACUUCUACCUUUGCCCAUAUGGUUAUAGCAGGUAUAGAGCUGGCCGAGACAGGUGGUAAUAUUGCUACCUUGCUCUUCUCUCUCUGCCUUAUUUUCUGCGGUGUCCUUGCAACCCCAGAUAAUAUGCCUGGAUUCUGGAUCUUCAUGUAUCGUGUAUCACCAUUCACCUAUUUGGUCUCUGCGAUGUUGUCUACUGGUCUGUCUGGGACCGAUGUUCAGUGCGAGGCAGUUGAGUUUCUCCACUUCGAUCCCCCGGCAAAUCAAACCUGCCAGCAAUAUAUGGCAGCGUAUAUCCAGGAAGCCCAGGGAUACCUACAGAACCCGGAAGCCACAGCUGAUUGUGCCUUCUGUACGGUCAGCAAAACUGAUACGUUUCUUGCCUCGAUAGUAAGCAAGUAUGACGAAGCCUGGAGGAACUUCGGUCUGAUGUGGGUGUACAUCGCGUUCAAUAUUGGUGCAGCAGUUUUCAUUUACUGGCUGGCCCGCGUCCCGAAGGGGAAGAGAGCAUCUGGCUAG